UGUGCAAUUAAGUAUUUCCAAUUCCCAUUCCAGUAAGAAAAAAUAUAAUUAUUACGUUUCGGGGGUAAAAGUGAACCAUAAUUUAAUCACAAACUCAAUUAAGGUGCUCUCGUAAGUGUGAAGUUUUAGGAGCGCUACUCAGGCUCAAGAAGUUAAUCCGAAACCAUGUCCGACGACCUUGAUGGCUGCGAGUGCGUCUGGUCGCAGGAAUAUGCGAUGCAGCGGCUUAUCAACUUUAUACGCCAGAACCAGAAUGCCUGUUCAGACACCGAAUGUUUCGAUGUCACCGGACGCACUACGCAGCAGGCGCAGGUCGCAGGGCGCGGCGAUGACAGCGGCUUUUCCGUCGCCAUGAUCUUUUUGAUCGUGGCCAUGUUCAUGUACAUACUGAAUCCGAGUACCUGGGGCAACCUGACCAGCAACAAGCGGGCCGGCGUCCGACGCGACAACCAGGACGGGCCGCCGCCACCGCAGCCUCCUCCGCCGGCCAUCAACUAGGUUUCGCCGUGGAUUCCUAUCCAGCUUCUGCCAAACCUGAGCUUCUUCAACGCAAUUCGCAGUUUGCAUUUCCUUGUUUUGUUAUUUCUCCCGCGAUUGAGAAAGUAAAUUGUUCACCACAAUCUAGAUGACAUCCUUUCGCACGUUUACACAAAUUAGACAAAUUAUACAUCCCUUGCAUUGUACAAAACACAAGACGGCACACUCUUAACACACAGGCUUAUUAACAAACAUAUUUGGAAAUUUUUAAAAACACUUUGGAAAACUA